AUGUGGUCGCCCGAGCCAAUUUACUCCAUGUGUGUAUUCCUUCCCGACGCGCGCGACGGGCUGUGGCGGCUCACCGACAAGAUCGCCUGCAACCCCGACUUUCUGCGCGAGCAUCUGCCGAGGAGCACCGUCCUUGUCGACGACUUCCAGAUGCCUAAAUUCAAGGUCACCUUCGGCAUGACAAUGAACAAUGUUCUCCAGGAGAUGGGGGUAAAGGAGGUGUUUGAGCUGGGGAAGGCCGACCUGUCCGACAUGGCGGAGGACGGCGCAAGGAGGAAGCUGGCACUAGAGCAGGUGAUCCACAGGGCCGUCAUCGAGGUGAACGAGGAAGGCACGGAGGCCGCGGCGGCCACUUACUCGAUGGCACCCAUGUGCUCACCGAACCCAGCACCGCCUCCGCCGCGUGUGGACUUUGUUGCUGACCAUCCGUUUGCCUUUUUUGUCGUGGAGGAGGUGUCCGGCGCGAUCUUGUUCGCUGGCCACGUCCUUGACCCCACCAUCAAGUGA